GGGCGGUGCCGCGGAAGCGAAAGCGAAAGCGAAAGGGAGCCGGCGUGGGCCUCCCCGGCAGCGGAGACCGGGCAGGGAGGGCUCCCCUGGGCUCCGGUCCGUGCUGUCCCAGCGCCGCGGGGAUGGACUCGGAAGAGGAUUCCUUCGUCCGGCUGCACGACGGCCCGGAGAGCCCCGAGCAGCUCUGUAGGGAGAUCGAGCAGUCCAAGGUGCGUCCGGGAGAGGGGAUUGAUCGGCUGGAUCCCGACGGCCCGCAGAGCCCCGAGCAGCUCCGGCGGGAGAUCGAGGAGUUCAAGGAGCUUUACAGUCUUCUGGAGCAAGACUGUGUAAAGCUACAAAUGGCCAAGGAAGCUACAGAGCAAAGGACACAAGAGCUGAGGAAAGAGGGAAAAGUACUGCACAAAAUUCUUGAACAUCGAAUGUCUUUAAACAGAGGUGAAGAGAAGGCCCACCAGAUGGAGCUUUUUGCAGCACAGGAGGAGAACACCAGAUUGAUGAAGGAGAAGCAGGUCCUGAAAAAUAAACUGGAAGAAUUGAAGAGGGUCCCCCAGGGUGAUCUUGUGAUGAUGCAGUCUGGCUUGCCAGAGAAGAAAAUGGUGUUUAAGGGACUUGCAGCAAACAAGGAGGACAUGAACAAACUGAUGCUCACCCCACGAAUCCGUUACCCUCUGCCAGGGGGCUCAGCUCUCAUCACCUUUGAGAAGGCAGAGGUGGCCCAGAGGAUCAUAGAGGUGAAAGAGCACGUGGUGGAGCUGAGCUGCUGGGAGGAAGUGGAGGACCUUGACCAGUGCAGAAUGCGAGUGCAGGCAGCACCUGUGGAGAUACUGCUGCCAUCUGCCCUGGAGAUGAGGCUGACUCAGAGCAGCAGGAGCAUCAUUGUGUCUGACCUGCCCAACGGGGACAUCACUGAGGAUGCACUGCUGGACAAGCUGGAGCUCUUCUUCAGCAAGAAAAAGAAUGGGGGCAGCGAGGUGGAGAGGAGGGAGUUCCAGGAAGACUCUGGCCAGGUGGUGCUGACCUUCAGAGAGGAUGGAGUCGCAGAGCUGCUAAUUGAGAGAGGAUACAUCCAGGUUCCUAUUUUGGGAGAAAAAUACAAAGUCAAAAUAUCACCAUACAUGAAUGGAGACAUCACCAACUUGCAGCUCCAGCCCUCCUGCUGUCCCAGGACUGUCCUGCUUUCUGGCAUUCCCGAUGUGCUGUUUGAUGAGUCCAUGAGAGACACCCUGGAGAUCCACUUCCAGAAGCCCAGCCUCGGCGGCGGGGAGGUGGAUGCCCUCGCCUACGUCCCAGCAGGGUGGACGGGGAGGGCCGUGUUUGUGGAGGACACGGGCUAGUCCUGGCCAUCCCAGGGCUAGUCCUGGUCAUCCCCGUCAAGCCGAGAUCGUGGGGCUCCGUGGGCCCCCCGGCACGGCGAGAAUUAAAGCAUCUGGCGAGA